UCCCGAGAUGCCUCGGGAAGGCGAAGAGGAGAAUGAGAAAAUGGAGGGGGAGAGAAACGAAGAGGGCUUCUUGAAACGGGAGGGGGGAGGAGCUCGCGCCUGCGCCAACAGGCCCCGGUGGCGCAUUUUCCCUCCAUCAGGCGGAGGAGCGAUCUAGGCGGGAGGGGUGGGGUUUCUGCUUUUUGCUACUGGAUUGAGGCGGGCCGAGGAGUGGCCGAGGCCGGUGAGGAAGCCGAGGAGGCCGCGGCUGAGGCAGUCCUUUGGAAUCACCUUUUAAAAAUGGAACUACUAAAAGAUUCAUCCGAGAGGAUUCUUUUAGAGCCAUACAACUACCUACUUCAACUCCCCGGUAAGCAGGUCAGAACCAAACUUUCCCAAGCCUUUAAUCACUGGUUGAAUGUUCCUGAAGAUAAACUCCAGGUUAUAAUUGAAGUGACAGAAAUGUUGCAUAAUGCAAGUUUGCUUAUAGAUGACAUAGAAGACAAUUCAAAGCUGCGACGUGGUUUUCCAGUGGCCCACAGCAUUUAUGGAAUACCAUCUGUGAUAAACUGUGCAAACUUCAUAUAUUUCCUUGGUUUACAAAAGGUUUUAACACUUGAUCAUCCAGAUGCUGUAAAAGUAUUCACCCGUCAACUGCUUGAACUCCAUAAGGGCCAAGGCUUGGAUAUUUACUGGAGAGAUACUUAUACCUGUCCUACAGAAGGAGAAUAUAAAGCCAUGGUUCUGCAAAAGACAGGUGGCCUUUUUGGACUAGCCGUGGGCCUUAUGCAAUUAUUUUCCAGUUAUAAAAAUGAUUUGAAACCGCUCCUUAACACUCUUGGGCUCUUCUUUCAAAUUAGAGAUGACUAUGCAAAUUUACACUCCAAAGAAUAUAGUGAAAACAAAAGCUUUUGUGAAGACCUAACUGAAGGGAAGUUCUCAUUCCCAACUAUUCAUGCAAUACAGUCCAGGCCAGACAGCACACAGGUUCAGAAUAUUCUGCGACAGAGAACUGAAAAUGUGGAUAUAAAAAAAUACUGUGUGCAUUACCUUGAGAAUGUGGGAUCCUUUGAAUAUACCCGGAAAACAUUAGAAGAACUUGAGUCUGACGCUUAUAAACAAAUUGAAUUGCUUGGGGGGAAUCCUGAACUUACAGCAUUACUUGAAUAUUUAAGUAAAAUGUUCAGGGACAAUGAAAAUUAACACAGUUAUCAAUUGAAUUUUUCUGGAAAUUGUUUUUAAGGGAUCAAGAAAAGUAAGAUUCAUUUUACAGUAUCUAAUCUGCACAUGAAUUGUGCUAAAAGAGAUCUUAAGGGGUAACUGGGGAUUUGUGUGUACAAUAUAUUAUCUUGAAACUUCCAUUUUUAGUUGCUUAUGCAAAAUCAUGUGACAAACGCCAAUUAAAAUAGCUUUCAACUCACUAUAA